UCCAAGAUCACAGCCUCACGCAAACUCUUGUUAAAGAGUUUGAUGCUGGCAAAAGCAAAGGAGGAGUGGGAUCAGGAGAUCGUGGACAAGCAGGCAGAGAAGGAAAGAUACCUGUCUGAGCGGAUCACACCAUUGCGCACCAGUGGGCUUUCCUUGAGCCAGCUCCAGGACUUGUGCAGGGAGCUGCACGAGAAGGUUGAAAUUGUGGAUGAAGAGAGAUAUGACAUCGAAGCGAAAUGCAACCAUAACACUCGGGAGAUCAAAGAUCUGAAAAUCAAAGUGCUUGAUCUCCGAGGAAAGUUCAAGCGACCCCCCCUGCGGCGAGUCCGUGUCUCCGCCGAUGCCAUGCUGAGGGCUCUGCUGGGCUCCAAGCACAAGGUGUCCAUGGAUCUGAGAGCCAACCUGAAGUCUGUCAAGAAGGAGGAUACAGAGAAGGAGCGCCCCGUGGAAGUGGGCGACUGGCGCAAGAACGUGGAGGCCAUGUCAGGGAUGGAGGGGCGAAAGAAGAUGUUCGAUGCUGCCAAGUCCCCCACGGGCCAGUGAGAGGAGCAUUGGGAAGAAGAGACUCCCCAUCCCUGCUGCCUGCCUCCCUUUCCCUUGCUGCCCCUCUGUGCUCUUUACACCCUUACCCUGAAUUCACCACUGAGCUGAAGCACGUGGAUAACUGUGUGGGAAGGAGAUCUGAGCUUCUUUCUUUCAGCACUGCCAUCAGCCCCGCUC